UUUCGUCAUUCACUUUUUUGUAACAUAAGGUUUUAAUCCAACUCUGUGAUGUGUGAGGUAAUUCAGCCUCCGAUUUCACUGCUCUCUCUCCUCCCUCCACGCCCCCAAACGCCUUUACGCACCGCCCAGUCUAUGGAGCAGAUGAAUGGGUAUCCUCUUCGUAUGCAACGCGCACACCACAAAACUUUAUCCAUCGACGAGGCCAGUCCGAGGAAGAUAUUGGCAUCUCCCCCAAGAAAUACCACGAGAAUCAACGCGAAUCUGAUACUUUUACGCGGAGAAAACGCGCAGACAAAACGUGCAACUACGAAAACGACAGCUGUUUCACAACACUCUGCGCUCUUUGACCAACAAAAAAAAGCUGAUAUCAAACCAUCGACUGCCAAAAAAUCUGAAAGAGAACAAGAAGAAAGGAAGGAAAUAUGUCCAAACCCAAUUACACCGGGGUUUUUCACAUGGUGGAGCAGGAAAACAUGGAUGAGUACCUUGCUGCUUUAGAUAUAAAUUUCGCUUUGAGGAAAAUCGUUUGUUUGCUGAAACCGACCAAAGACAUCACCCACGACCCGGCCACAGGAGCCAUGAAGAUCAAAACCAUCACCACCUUUAAGAACUUCUUCAUGGAUUUUGUGAUCGGGCAGGAGUUCACCGAGGACCUGGGACCGGUGGACGGGCGCACCUGCCAGACCACAGUGAGCUGGGAGGGGGACAAACUGGUGUGUGUGCAGAGAGGAGAGAAGCAGGGCCGGGGCUGGACACACUGGCUCGAGGGAGACAAACUACAUUUGGAAAUGAGAGCGGAAGGUGUCGUGGCUAAGCAAGUCUUCCAGAAAGCCGCCUGAAGCAACUGGACCUGUGGUUCUCCAGCUUCUCACACCAAGUACCUCCAGGGGGCGUUCUUCUCUACGUUCAUACUGUUUUAACUACAGCUUUUCUGUAUGUGUGUGUAUCUUGCAUUUAUCCGAUUACAGAAACAAUUGCAUAACAAAAACAUGAUGAAAAAAUGAUGAAACCUGCUUGUCUCCAUCUUCAUGUAGACAAACCUCCACCAGAAAAGUUACGUAGUGAACCUUUAAGCCUGUAAGGAGGCGUAGUCUAAAGUCUAAACCAAAAGUAACAGUUUUUAACACUAAGGACUAAGCAAGGACUAAGUUUGAGAACCACUGGAUUUGUUUCUUUUACUGUAACGUUACCGGUGUUGUCAGUAGAAAAGCAGUUUUGUGGUACAAAGAUUUUAGUUUUAUUCUAAUCAUAAAUGUUGUGUAUAUUGUGUAUAAUAAUGUACAUGAUAAUAACUGUCUGUGUGUGCUACUAAUAUAAGAAUGAAGUACUGAGCGAGAGAUGGAGCGUCAUCCACUUUGCACUAACGACAAACACGUUAUAAACAAAUACAACAUCUA